UGUUUUAAUUUAUUUAUCGGGGUGAGAUUUAUCAUUUUAUUGUUUACUCUGUUUUUCUGCUCUCUUAUGAACUUAUAAUUAAGCCAAAAAGAAAAAAAAAAGAAAAGGUUUUAAUGAAUUUGAUAAUGAGCUGAACAGCAGAAAAAAGAGGGAUCUUUGGAGUGGAAAAUAGAAUAAGAAUAGAAUCUUUGUUGGUUGUUUCUUCUUUUUUUAAAAAAAAAAAAACAAAAUUGGUUUUGUGAAAUGAAUUGUGGGUUUCUGGGUUGUUCUUCAAAAGGAUCUGUUUGAAGCUUUGGGGUUUUGUUUUUGAGUCCUUAUAGAAGGGGGGAAAUGGCUAGAAGUAAUGAAGUCAACCUCAAUGAAUGCAAGAUGGUGGUUCCCCUAAAUACGUGGGUCCUCAUCUCCAAUUUUAAGUUGGCUUACAAUCUUCUUCGUCGACCUGAUGGCACUUUCAAUCGUCACUUGGCAGAGUUUCUUGAUCGCAAAGUCCCUGCUAAUGCGAACCUAGUUGAUGGGGUUUUCUCGUUUGAUGUUCUCAUUGAUCGUGGUACGAGCCUCCUGAGUCGGAUUUAUAGGCCAGCUACAGCUGAAGAGCCUCAACCGAAUAUUGCUGAACUUGAGAAGCCUGUUACAGCGGAGGUGGUCCCUGUUAUUAUUUUCUUUCAUGGCGGAAGCUUUGCACAUUCCUCGGCUAAUAGUGCUAUAUAUGACACUCUAUGUCGGAGAUUGGUAAGCCUUUGUAAGGCUGUUGUGGUCUCCGUGAAUUAUCGCCGUGCACCCGAAAAUAGAUAUCCGUGUGCUUAUGAUGAUGGGUGGACUGCUCUCAAGUGGGUUAACUCUAGACCAUGGCUUCAAAGUCAGAAAGAUUCUAAGGUUCAUAUAUAUCUAGCCGGAGAUAGCUCUGGUGGUAACAUUGCACACCAUGUUGCUCUGCGAGCCAUAGAAUCGGGAAUUGAUGUAUUGGGAAAUAUAUUGCUCAAUCCAAUGUUUGGUGGACAAGAAAGAACUGAAUCUGAAAAGCGUUUAGAUGGGAAAUACUUUGUUACUCUACGAGAUCGGGACUGGUAUUGGAGAGCUUAUCUUCCUGAAGGCGAAGACAGAGACCAUCCUGCAUGUAAUCCUUUUGGACCUAACGGUAGAAGUCUCGAGGGAAUCAAAUUUCCAAAGAGUCUUGUCGUGGUUGCCGGCUUGGACCUUAUUCAGGAUUGGCAAUUUGCUUAUGUUGAAGGGCUCAAGAAAGCUGGACAAGAGGUUAAACUUUUAUACAUGGAACAGGCCACGAUUGGUUUCUACUUGUUGCCGAAUAGCAAUCACUUCCAUACUGUUACGGACGAGAUAAGCAAGUUCGUGGGUUCUGACUCUAUUAAAACAAUAGGGGAAAGAAUCAUGCAAUGUAUCGGACCUCUAUUAUGCGUAGAUUAUGUAUGUUUAUUCAAAUGUUUUUUAGGAUAAGAUGGAAAAUAAAUUGAUUAUUAAUAUUAUUUGAUAAUGAAUAUAAAAGUGGGUUGUAGUA